UUCACUCACUCUGCCUCUCACUCCCUAAUUCUCUCACUCACUCCCUAAUUCUCCCACACGCACUCACUCUACCUCUUCCUCCCUCAUUUAUUCAUUGUCUCUCACUAUUUCCUAUCAACUCACCCCCUCUCUUUACAAUCACCAUACACUCGUCCUCCCCUUCUCUCGUUCUUUUCCUUUAUGUAAUUCCUUGUCAAGCUCCAAACAGCAGUUACUACUGAACGGCCGCCAAGCGGCACAACAACUAAACCAAACAUGGCUGAGGUCUUGACGAACAGCGGGGCGGCGAGCAAAGACGCGAUGUCGGCCGCAAAAUUACCAACCACUACAUCCAGUCCGGCAACAGAUUUAACAAAAACAGCUUCAUUGACGAUAAAGAACGGCGUACAACCGAAAAUUGUCAUCAUCGGAGCCGGCAUUGCAGGAAUUUCUGCCGCUGAAUACCUCAUUAAGAACGGAUUUACCGAUAUUACAAUCUUGGAAGCUUCUAACCGAACCGGCGGUCGAAUAUGGACCAUCUCUGAUGAAGAAGGUCGGAAAGCAGAAAUGGGAGCUAACUGGAUACACGGCAUUGAGAAAAACCCAAUUUACCAGAUUGCUGAAAGCAACGAGCUUUUACAGUUGCGUAAUAAGAACAAAACUCUACGACAUAAACGCCUUUUUCUGCAGGAGGAUGGGACAAGCAUCUGUGGCGAAGUCCUAAACAAAGUCGAUCUCGCUUUCGGCCAGUGUAUGGUUGAAUGUGAAGCUUUUUUCAAGGACGAUUUGGAUAUACCCGGCAACAUGGAAAGCGUUGGAGAUUACAUCGAUCAGGAUCUUUAUUACCAUCUUGACAACUUAUCCUACGAAGAAAGAAAGCGAUUCUUACUCGUCUAUGAGCAGCGUGUCUCAUCAGAAUGCAUCAUUAAUGGAUGCAAUAGCCUCUUUGAUGUGUCACUAAGUGAUAUUGGUAGCUAUGAAGAGCUGCCUGGAAUCCACUAUACUAUUCCCCCAGGUUUUGAGAAGGUUAUCGAAAUUCUCAAGAGCAAUAUCCCACCAAAUUCUAUUCUUUUAAACCAUCCUGUACGCUGUAUACACUGGGCUCGUCCAGUGAACUGUGAGAAUAGAGAACACCCAGUGUGUGUCGAGUGCGAGAACCAAGAACUAUUCCAGGCUGAUCAUGUGAUAGUCACAGUUUCCCUUGGUGUGCUGAAGGCUGCGUGCAACCGAAUGUUCAACCCACAAAUACCAAAUCGGAAGCUACUAGCCAUCGAUCAUCUGGGUUUCGGUAUUGUAGAUAAGAUCAUUUUGGAGUUUGACCGAUCCAUAAUUGACUCCGACACAAAGCUUAUAAACCUGCUCUGGAACAGUAAGAGAGACUCAAAUAAAGAGAACUUCCGGAGCCCGAACCUCGGAGACACCUGGGUGAGAGGUAUUACCUCGUUUGAGGUCAUUCACAAGAAUGUUUUAUUGGGCUGGCUAUGUGGUUCCAGUGCCCUCUAUAUGGAGUCAUUAACAGAAGAACAAGUUGCUAAAGACUGUGCAAAAGUUCUUGGCAAGUUCCUUCAAAACCCAAACAUUCCAUUGCCCAAAGUCAUUCGUACAAGAUGGGGCAACAAUCCAUACACUCGUGGUUCCUAUAGCUACAUCCAUAUCCAUUCACACAUCGAAGAUAUCUACACCUUACAGGAACCAUUGCAAAGCCUGCACAGUAACAACCCUCAAGUGUUAUUCGCUGGCGAAGCAACCCAUGAGUGUUUUUACUCUACCACGCAUGGAGCCCUGUUGACAGGCUGGAGAGAAGCAGAGAGGAUAAAGGACAUGUACACUUUGUCGACUUCGUCAUCUUCAUCACCCUCCAACACGACAAUAUCCUCCACAGCUGCUUGUUGCCCAACAUCUGUGGUCGCAUCGUAGUAGUGAUUGCUUCCUCUCUCUCUCUCUCUCUCUCUCUCUCUGAGUUUUUUUUUUUUUUUUUUUUUUUUUUUUUUUUGCCAUUUUUUUUUCCUGUUGUCACCAGCUGGGUUGGGUAGACCUCCAUUUAUAAAAAGGUGACAAUCAGCAAAGAAGGGAAAGGAAGUCUCCAAGGGGAUGGAACAGGAUGGGACAAGACGAGACAAGACAGAAUAAGACAGGACAGGACAGUGAAACAAAAAGCAACUGAGGAGCAAGUGGAAUUUAAAUUCUCCGAUUAAUGUUGCCUCGUGUAUUGCUCAUUCUGACAUACAGACUGCCUGAACGUGUCCUCAGAUCAGGGUACUUCUGUCUGUUUGGGUAGAAUGAGUUUCCCUCUAUGACUGCAAUAAUUAUUUUUGCGAGUAUAGAAGCAGUAAUUUUUUUUUUUUUUUUUAUGGUGUGCCUAUAGAUGCCAUGUCUACAACUUAGUUCACAUGUGACUAGGUGUAUAGAUUAUUAUACUGCAAGGGAGAUUGUAUUUUCACUUAUCUAUUAAUUUAAUUGGUCAAAAUCAUUGAUAGGUUAUUGAAUGUCUGUAUGCAUCUGUUGUGAUUAGCUCUCAGAUGCGUUUAGGUAAUUAGGUACAAUUAAAAUAUGCAGGUAUUUAUAUUCAUAAGUAUGUGUGCAUGUGUAUACAAUAAAACAUUUGUCAUGGAUAGAGACUCAUAGCUGCAUUUUUUUUUUUUAAAUACUGAUUCUUAGAUGUUUUCUUUCAACACUCAGUUUAAUACAUGCCAAUAUUUCUACCAACAAACUCCUGUACAGAUGCCAAUGAGGGAGUCACCACAACUACACUUGAUGUGUUAGACAUAGCAUUUAAAUCUCCCUUAUAUAUAUAUAUAUAUAUAUAUAUAUAUAUAUAUCCUGUCUUGAAAGGGAAUGGAGACUCGUUGGAUAAUGUAGUCCUAGAUGUACAGGAUAGUCAUAGCUGUAAAUGCCUUUGAUCUGAGAUUUGAUCACUUAGGACAGGCCUGGGGUUUAACACAACUGUGUGUGUAUGUGUGUGUGUGUGUGUGUGUUUCUAUACUUAACUGAUAGGGACUUGGUGGGGACACAAUGAGAGAAACGAGUGCUGUAUGACUUUUUCUUGUGUCUUCUCUUUGUCUUAAUGUAUUCACAAAUAAUAUUCUUCAAUCAAUUCUAGCUUAAUGUAUGUGUAUAUACAUAUAGAUAUAUAUGUAAAUAUUUUCUGUAUUUAUCUAAAACAAAAUAUAUAUAUAUAUUCUUGUAGAUUUGCAUGCUACAUUUCUACAUAGUCAGAAGUGUGUGUGUGUGUGUGUGUGUGUGUGCAUUCACUCGUAUAUGUUGAAGCAUAUCUACAUUAUAAUAAUGACUGCGUAUGCAGUCAUAAAUGCAGCUGCAUGUCUAAAUGUGCACAUUUCAUUUACAUUUUUGAAAGCUGUGUGUGUAUGUAUGUAUGAGUGCUGCUGUAUAGCACAUUUGUUGGGUCUCAAGCUUAAAGCACUUGUAGGCUGUAUGCAUAUAUCUCUCUCUUGUGUGUUUUUACAAAAUAUAUGUAUAUAUAUAUAUAUAUAUAUAUAUAUAAAUUUGGGUGCAUUUUUAUUAUUUAAAAUGUCAGACAUAACAUCCUCGACUUCUUUCUAUUUUUUUUUUUUUUUUAAGUACAUAAUUUCCUUCGUUAAAAAUCCUCAUCACCACAAAUUUCCUUUCCUCUUUUCUUGCUAGUAUUAAGGCCAAAAAUGUACAGGUGUAACUUGGCUUAGUAAUUGCAAUAAUACUAGGUUUUUCCACUUGUGGCUGUUAAGUUCAUAUCUACCUUUACAUGUGUGGGUCUUUUUGGUUUUUGUUUUGUUGAUUUUUUUUU